CAUUGUUACAAAGUCGAGGAUAAGUGAGAAAAAUCUCCAUCACCUUUGAAAUAAACCUUUUUUUGCAGUUCAAGACACCAUAAAAUGGCUCAAAAAUCUGAAUGGAAGAAUCUUGGAUACGAGCUCUACAAGGAGUGGAAAGGAGAAGACGAUUUUAAUGCAAAAAUGGAGCAGUUGAAUAAGGAUCCACCUGCCCCAGGAAUCUUCAGUCAAGCACAACUACAGUUUCACGUGACUAAGAUUAAGACCCUUUUCGGUUUGGCAGCAUUGAAAACGCAAAAGCGCGGCACACAUGCCAAUGGCUUUGGGGCGUUUGGAAAAAUACAAAUCGUCAACAGCCCUCAGUUUCCAGAGCACGAGUUCUUUACUUCUGGUAAGACAUUUCCGGUUCGUCUUCGUCAUUCUAAUUUAUCUUUUGAUGACGAUGCGAAGUGCGACUUCAGAGGAGCCGCCUUGAAAUUGGCUGACAGUGACGACCAGUCUCCUCUCGACAUCAUCAUGUCAACCGGUCGCUCGGCAGUGCUUUGGGAUGUGAAUGCAAUUUACGAUGCACUUAAUUCCAAAAUCAGUGGAGACUUCAAAGGAUAUCUGCUUACAUCACCUCAACAUUUGUUUACCAAUAUCGAUGGAAUUCGACGACCCCCCGACUCGUGCACAGAUCAGGUCUACUAUCCACAAAUGCCGUCCUACUUUAAAGCAAAGGAUGGAACACCAAGAUACGUCAAGUAUCGAAUGAUCAACGCUGAUGGUAGCCCGGAGACGGGCCGUCUGACGCAGCAGGAGCAAAGAAAAGUCUGGGAUCGCGAAAGGUAUCCCGAUGAAAAACGUUCGAAACGCUAUCUUCGCGAGGAAUACAUCCAACGACUUUCCAAAGGACCUAUUAAGUACAAAUUACAACUCCAAUUGCAUGAAGUCUCUCCAAGCGACUCCCAGCAAAUACUGAGUGCCGCCAAGCAAUGGAAUGACGACACGCAUCCAUGGAUGGACUUGGCUGACGUCACUAUUACAACAAUGCUCCCUGAUGACGAAGUAGAACGCACUAAGUAUAACGUUGCUAAUUGUCCGCCAUCCCUUGGCAUUAUAGGGUCUCCUAAGUCCAUGUAUGACUUUACAUGCAUCAAUUAUAUUAGAAAAAGAAUUUACAAAAGGAGUCAGAAGAUGAGGCUUCUCACGAGUCCUGAUGAGAAUGAAGGCGGGAUGGUGACGUAUUUGAUCACCGUGGAAACUGGUGACGUCAAGCACGCGGGGACAAAUGCAACCAUCUCCAUUACAAUGACUGGAUCAAAGGGUCGAACCGACGCCAUAGUCCUCGACAAGACAUUCCAUGACGAUUUCGAGAGAGGUGACUAUGAAGAGUACCAAGUGAAAGCCAUGGAUGUAGGUGACCUCUACGUCAUCCGUAUCCAUAACGACGGGGGAGGAUCACUUUUCAAGAAUCCUGAUUGGUUCGUUAACAAGGUGACUGUUUUGAAAGAAGGAAGUGAGACACCUUACGAGUUCCCGUGUUACUGUUGGGUGUUGAAGGAUCUGACAGUUUUUAAUGGCUCAGGUUUGUUACCCCAACAAGAUCAACCAGAAAUCGUGCGUAUCACUCGUGAGCUACAAACCCAACAACGCCAACAAGAAUAUCACUGGAUGAGCAGAGAAACUUUCUCUCAUUUCCCUGGAUGCAUCAACGCAGCAGAACACGAUGAGAUUCCCAAAGACUCACAGUUUUCUGACCCCUCAAUCAAGUCCUUUAACACAGGGCGCAUUCAUGCUGGGAUAAACCUUGGUAUUACUUAUCUGAUGACUCUUUUUGAGAACUGGGAUGAACUGGAUGACUUCAAGGACAUGUAUACAGGUUGGGUUGUUGAAGACAGACCUAAGUAUGCUGAAAAUGAUGUUUGGCUUGAAGAUCGUGUUUUUGGGAUGCAGUACUUGAAUGGAGUCAAUCCAAUGAUGAUUCAAAGAUGCGACAAGCUGCCUGAAGGCUUUCCUGUCACUCAUGCUCUUGUGGCCAAUCUGCUAGAUCGUGGACUUACCUUAGAACAGGAAUUACAAGCAGGUCACGUUUAUCUGGCUGAUUAUUCAAUCCUAGAAGGAAUUAGACGUAAUGGAGAGGGUACAGACAAGGUACGUUACGUCACAGAACCUUUGGUUUUGUUGUACGUGAACAGUGCAGGGGAUCUUGUACCCAUCGCAAUACAGCUGCACACUAAGACCAGUGAAACCAAUCCAAUAUGGACGCCAAAUGACUCUAAACUGGACUGGAUGUUUGUCAAAAUGUGGGCAAAAGCUGCGGAUCUCCAGGUUCACCAGAUGAUAUCUCACUUGCUUCGGACACAUCUCACCAUGGAGUGCUUUGCUGUUUCCUCGUGGCGAAACCUUCCUUCCAUCCACCCAGUCUUCAAACUACUGUUUCCUCACAUUCGAUCAGUCAUGGCUAUAAACACUUUGGGCAGAAAGGAUCUGAUAAACAAGGGAGGAAUCUCUGAUGUCACCCUGAGUAUCGGUGGAGGUGGCCAUAUUCAGCUCAUUCAGAAAUUCUACAAGAAGUUCACUUGGGAUAUGUUGGAUGUUCCAAAGGAUCUUGAGAGGAGAGGACUGACUAACAAAGAAAAACUGCCAAACUUUCUCUACAGAGAAGAUGCUUUGGUAUUAUGGGAAACGAUUUUUGACUUCAUACGAGAGAUCAUGGGUGUGUAUUAUCACAGUGAUAAUGAUGUACUCGAAGAUAAAGAGCUCCAAGCAUGGGUCAAGGAUAUCCAUGACAACGGCUUCCCCUCAGUCGAAGAUGAUGUUGAUCACCAGUUUCCUCAGAGGUUGGAAACACGUGAUGACGUCAUUAAAGUGCUGACAUGCGUAGUCUUUACCUGUUCAUGUCAGCAUGCAGCUGUCAACUUUGGCCAACUUGAAGUUUAUUCUUUCAUUCCUAAUGCGCCUCCAACAAUGCAGCUUCCUCCACCAACGAAAAAGGGAGAGACAAAUAUGAAAAGGAUCAUGAGUACCUUGCCUUCCAAGUGGCAGACAGCAUGGCAUAUUGGAACGAUGCAUACUCUGACCCGCUUCGCAGAGGACGAGAAAUUUCUUGGAGAUUAUUCGGGUGGUUUGUUUGUUGACCAGGAUGCACUCAAGGCGAUCUCCAACUUCCAGGAGAAGCUUCAAAAGAUAUCAGAUUCCAUCAAAUCUCGCAAUGAAACGCUAGAAUGGCCAUACACCUAUCUGUUGCCCGAAAGAGUUCCUAACAGCGUUGCCAUCUAAGUUCGCUUUUUUAUAAGCUUUUUUUUAUUAUUGGAUUUUAUUAGUUUUACUGGGAAUAUAAUCGAAAGGCAGGCAUGGCAGCCAUGUUGGUAUACAUAACAAGACAAGCUAACGAGAAAUCUUUGGUUAACGGUACACCAACAUGAUGGUGAUGAUGCCAAAUGCUAACCAAGAAUAGAGGCAUGGCAGCCAUGUUGGUAUACAUAACAAGAGAAGCUAACGAGAAAUCUUUGGUUAACGGUACACCAACAUGGCGGUGAUGAUGUCACAUGCUAACCAAGAACAGAGGCAUGGCAGCCAUGUUGGUAUACAUAACAAGACAAGCUAACGAGAAAUCUUUGGUUAACGGUACACCAACAUGAUGGUGAUGAUGCCAAAUGCUAACCAAGAAUAGAGGCAUGGCAGCCAUGUUGGUAUACAUAACAAGAGAAGCUAACGAGAAAUCUUUGGUUAACGGUACACCAACAUGGCGGUGAUGAUGUCACAUGCUAACCAAGAACAGAGGCAUGGCAGCCAUGUUGGUAUACAUAACAAGACAAGCGAACGAGAAAUCUUUGGUUAACGGUACACCAACAUGGCGGUGAUGAUGCCACAUGCUAACCAAGAACAGAGGCAUGGCAGCCAUGUUGGUAUACAUAACAAGAGAAGCUAACGAGAAAUCUUUGGUUAACGGUACACCAAUAUGGCGGUGAUGUCGUCACAUGCUGACCAAGAAUAGAGGCAUGGCAGCCAUAUGUUGGUGUUUAAUGUGUAAUAUUUUGUUUGGGUCUAAGUUGAAAUAAAUAAA